AUGGCUUCUUCAUCUCGGCUCAUCAAGACUUAUGAUGUCUUUGUGAGCUUCUGUGGUGAAGACACGCGCAACAGCUUUACUGGUUUUCUCUUUCAAGCUCUCUGCAGAAAAGGCAUCCAUGCCUUCAAAGAUGAUGAUGAUCUCAAGAAAGGCGAAUCCAUUGCCCCUGAGUUGCUACAAGCCAUUCAAGGGUCUCGCCUUUUCCUCACUGUCUUCUCAAAAAACUAUGCUUCCUCUACUUGGUGCUUGCGUGAACUAGCAGAGAUCUGUAACUGCGUUGAAACGUCGCCAAGGCGUGUUAUACCUAUAUUUUAUGACGUUGAUCCUUCAGAGGUGCGAAAACAGAGUGGCUUUUAUGAGAGAGCGUUUGCAGAACACAAAGAAAGAUUCAAAGAAGAUAAAGAGAAGGUGGAGGAAGUGCAGAGAUGGAGAAAAGCGCUCACACAUGUGGCCAAUCUCUCUGGUUGGGAUAUAAGAAACAAGUAA